GGUGUUUUCUUAUUUAGUUAACUAUUUUGGUUUGUUUAUUCAAUUAAAUUAGUUGUUAUGUUGAUUUUGUGUGGUGCGGAUGUGUAUUAAAAUUUUUAAGAUGGGUACCUUAACGAUAUUUUCAUCGAUACUUAUCCUGCAAUGCUUGUCUACAGCACUAGGUGAGCCUUCUAAUUACAGACAGUACAGGAUACUAAAUUACAAUUAUCCUGAGAUAUAUCCUUACGAGCGCUAUUCAGAAUACGUGAAUCCCUAUGUGAACCACCCUUAUAGAUAUACAAGACCCAUUAACGAUAAUAAUGUGUAUAUUACGGACAAAUAUGGAAGGACUUCGGUGCAAUCAGCCUUAAAUUAUAGAGCAAUGUCCUACGUCUCCACGUGUUCCUCUGGCACGUGUGGUCAAAACGCGCAAUGCCAAGUGGUGGGGGGACGCCCUGUAUGUUCCUGUUUAAGGGGGUAUUCCGGCGAUCCAAUCAGCUUAUGCAAAAGGUCGGAGUGUUUGGAUAACUCUGAAUGCAGAGGACACCAGACUUGCAGAAACGGCGUCUGCAUUAAUCCUUGCGAUGGCAUUUGCGGCACAAAUGCCAACUGUGAUGCCAGGAAUCAUGUUCCUGUGUGCUCGUGUCCUGCUGGAUAUACAGGGGAUCCUUUCAGCAGAUGUAGACGGUUUGAUCCUGAGGAGUUGUGCCACCCCAGCCCUUGCGGACAAAAUACCAACUGCGAAGUGGUAAAUGGUACUCCAACUUGCAAAUGUAUACCUGGCUAUCACGGUUCUCCAUUGGCCGGGUGUCGUCACGAAUGCGAAGGUGAUUCGGAAUGUGGACCCACAAUGGCUUGCAUACAAUUUAAAUGUCAAAAUCCUUGCACUUCCCAAUGUGGUCAAAACGCUGAAUGCGAAACCAUAAGGAAUCACCAGGCAGUCUGCAAAUGCCCCAGAGGAUAUUUUGGAAACCCGUAUUCUUCCUGCCAACCUGAGUGUACCAGUGACGGCGACUGUCCCAGAUCUAAACCCGCUUGCUUUUACAAUUCCUGCAAGAAUCCAUGCGACGGUGUCUGUGGCAUCGGCGCCAACUGCGAGCUAAGAGGCCUAACUCCAAUCUGCUCAUGUCCAAGAGAUAUGACCGGAGAUCCCUUCACCAUGUGUAGACCGUUUACUUCACAGGAUUUAUGCGAACCAAACCCAUGCGGGGCCAACGCCAAAUGUCAACCCGGUUUCGAUCGCACCAAUAAAGAACGCCCUGUAUGCACCUGCUUGACAGGAUAUACAGGGGAUCCCCUGAGAGGUUGCGUAAGAGGGGAAUGCACAGAUGACAGCCAUUGUCCGGACAGUCAGGCCUGCAUCGACUACAAAUGUCAAAACCCCUGCAUUGGUCAAUGUGGAGUCAACGCCAACUGCAAUCCCAGAAGACAUCUUGCUGUUUGUACUUGCCCACCAGGAUUUAACGGAGACGCCUUGAUACAGUGCUACCAAAACAGAGGAACUGCAUAUUACAAACACAAAUAAAAACAACAUAUGCAUAAGUAAUUUUACAGACAGCAUGCUGAAAUAAAACUAGCAAAUAUAAUAUAAUUAUAAUUUAUUUAUUAACUGGCUGCCAUAUUUUAUAUAUAUUUUCAUAAUA